CGGACCGGCUCGCGCCCCCGCCCGCCGCUCCGGCUCGGCCCACAGCAUGCAGCAGCAACAGCCGCGGCGGCGGCGGCGGCGACGGCUCUGAGGUGAGGCCGGGCGCGCGACCGGAGCGGGGGCGGCCCUCCCGCACGGUCCUCGCCCGGCCCCGGCCCGGUCCCCUCGCUCUCGGUCCGGCUCGGCCCGACCCGGCUCCCGGCGGCCAGGGCGCGACGCCUUUGUUGCUGCGGCGGCGCCGCCCGCGCUGCAGCGGCUUUUUUGUGUGCGGGGUGGACGCCGCGGCCCCGCGCGCUGGCGGAGGAUGGAGGCCCCGCCCGACGGUGCCGCGGACAUCGUGCCCCUGGACCGCUACGACUCGGCCCGGGCGAAGAUCGCCGCCAACCUGCAGUGGAUCUGCGCCAAGGCCUACGGCAUAGAUAACAUCCCGGAGGACCUCCGAGACCCCUUUUAUGUUGACCAAUAUGAGCAGGAGCACAUCAAGCCACCUGUCAUCAAGCUCCUGUUGUCCAGUGAGCUGUACUGCCGUGUCUGCAGCCUCAUUCUGAAAGGGGACCAGGUGGCUUCAUUACAGGGGCACCAGUCUGUCAUCCAGGCCCUUUCCCGGAAAGGGAUUUAUGUGAUGGAGAGUGAUGACACCCCCGUGACGGACCCCGACCUUAGCCUCACACCCAUCAAGAUGAGCUCCCACAUGGCCAUGGUGGAUGCCCUCAUGAUGGCCUACACGGUGGAGAUGAUCAGCAUCGAGAAAGUGGUGGCUAGUGUUAAACGCUUCUCAACAUUCAGUGCCUCAAAAGAACUUCCCUAUGACCUCGAGGAUGCCAUGGUGUUCUGGAUUAACAAGGUAAAUCUUAAAAUGAGAGAGAUAACAGAGAAAGAAGUUAAGUUAAAACAACAGAUAUUGGAAAGUCCAGCACACCAAAAGUCUCCCUCCAAGUGGUACUGGAAGUUAGUGCCUGUGCGCUACCGGCGUGAGCACCUGGCUGCCAGGCAGCCACCCUACUUCCCACUGUUGGAGGACUUGAUGCGGGAUGGCAGUGAUGGUGCUGCCCUCCUAGCUGUGAUCCACUACUACUGCCCGGAGCAGAUGAAACUGGAUGAUAUAUGCUUGAAGGAGGUCACAUCGAUGGCUGACAGCCUGUAUAAUAUUCGACUUCUGAGAGAAUUCUCAAAUGAGUAUCUUAACAAAUGCUUUUAUCUCACCUUAGAAGAUAUGCUGUAUGCUCCCUUAGUGUUAAAGCCCAACGUUAUGGUUUUUAUUGCUGAACUCUUCUGGUGGUUUGAGAAUGUCAAACCAGAUUUUGUUCAACCCAGGGAUGUUCAGGAACUGAAAGAUGCGAAAGCAGUGUCACACCAGAAAAGCAGUCGGCCUCCUAUUCCUAUCUCUAACGCCACUAAACGCAGCUUCCUGGGGAGCCCUGCAGCAGCAAGCCCAGCUGACCUGCAGCCCCCUGCCCAGCUUCCGACGGAGGGCGGGCACAGGCACCAUCUGCACAUUGAGGAGCCCGAGCACCUUAGUAAAGGAACAUCUGCUUUUAGUCCCUCACAUCCUUUAUUACCCCUAAGACAGAAGCAGCAGAAGACGGUACAGGGAGAGGAAAACCCCGACCAGCGGCACCGGUCUAAUUCUUUAACCCGAGUUGAUGGUCAGCCUCGAGGUGCAGCAGUGGCAUGGCCAGAGAAAAGAAACAGGCCUGUGUCACAGCCAGCACCCUUUGCCCUCCAUCAUGCUGCAAGCUGUGAUGUGGACCCUGGCUUUGGUGACAGUAUCAGUCUGGCCCGCUCCAUCAGCAAGGAUAGUUUGGCAUCCAAUGUCAUUAAUCUGACACCACAAAAUCAGCCACACCCCACAGCCCUAAAGAUAAAUGGGAAAAGCCUCCUGAACAAUGUUGAUAUUGAGGACGAGGAUGAAGAACUGGUAGCCAUCAUUAGAACAGAGGUAGGCCCUCAUGGAGGUGAUAUGGGCCUGGUGGCAAGUGCCAGGUCUCCUCAGAGACUGCCAGACACCCUAGAAAGUAAGCCUGACAGUUUCUUCUUGGAACCCUUGAUGCCAGCUGUGCUCAGGCCAGCCAAGGAAAAGCAGGUGAUUACCAAGGAGGAUGAGUAUGGAGAUGGGAAACCUAGGAGCUUCGUGUCUAAGAGGUCAAGUGAGGGCCACCAGCCUCUGGUACGGAAGAAGGCACCCAUCAGUCACAUUGGCCGAGACUUGAAUAGGACUUUCACCCCAAUCUCCUCUUCAGAGCUCCCUGCAGGUUUCGACCCUGCUCUCCCAGAGGCAGGACUCCAGGCAGCAGAAGAGGCCCAUGGUGGGCCUCUGCCCAGCUGUGGCUUUGACCUUUUAUCUCAGGGACAGUCUGCUGAUGGCUUCUUUCUUCAUAUAACCAGAGCCGAAGAUGAUGCUGCAGAGGGCAGGUUCCACAUUAGGAGCUCCAGGAGUCCUACCCCUCUUGGCCCAGAGGCUUGGACUGUCCUGAGGCAGGAUUCUGACUCAGAUGUGGCUGAGAUAGAGGAAGCUGGGCAUGAUUUAAUGAGUGAGGACCAUCCUGCACUUGUUGCUAGGUAUGUUGGUGAGGAGGAGUCGGCCAAACUGCAGGAGGACAUGAAAGUGAAGGAGCAUGAGGAUAAGGAUGAUGCCAGUGGCCGCUCCAGCCCCUGUCUGAGCACUGUCUCUCAAAUCAGCAGUGUCUCCAUGGCCAGUGGGAGUGUGAAGAUGACCAGUUUUGCAGAAAGGAAGCUGCAAAGGCUUAACAGCUGUGAAACCAAGUCCAGCACGAGCAGUUCCCAGAAAACCACGCCUGAUGCCUCAGAAAGCUGCCCGCCCCCUCUGACAACAUGGAAGCAGCGGAGAGAGCAGAGCCCGACCCGGCAGAACAGAGACCAUGCUAGCCUCCUGGCCUCUGAGCUAGUGCAGUUGCACAUGCAGCUGGAGGAAAAACGUAGAGCCAUUGAGACUCAGAAAAAGAAGAUGGAGGCACUGUCCGCCCGCCAGCGACUGAAACUGGGGAAGGCCGCGUUCCUGCAUGUGGUUAAGAAAGGGAAGGCAGAAAUAGUCCCUCAGCCACUCAAACCAGAACACUUUGCUAGGGAGUUUUCUCAACACAAUGGGGAGGACUUAGUGGAUGGCACUGUUGCCAAAAUGGAAGAAUUCCUUGUUAAGGAGGAGGGUAGAGCAGAGCUCCUAGAGGCUGGGGAAGUGGAGAAAGAGAGCCUGGCCUUGGUGCAGCAGCACAGGCUGAAAGAUCCUGCUGCUGUCCACGAGCUGGAGAAGAGCAGAGCGCUGUCCGUGGCCCUGCUGGAGGAUGGCACAGGGGAAGCCAUGGAUGUGAGCGAGUGUGAUCUUUCCAUAGAGAAGUUGAAUGAAACCAUUAGCACACUGCAGCAAGCCAUCCUAAAGAUUUCUCAGCAGCAGGAGCAGCUUCUCAUGAAAUCCCCUACAGUCCCAACUCCAGGUUCCAAAAAUAAUUCCCAAGAGCAGAAGGUCAAAGCGUCUAUUCACUUUGUUGAGCCACUGUCUCCCACUGGAAUGGUUAGUCACCGCAAACCUCCUCGGCUCAGUCAAGGUCGGAAUUCUCGCUCAGGAAGACCAGCUGAGCUAAAGGUUCCAAAAGACAGACAGCAGGGCUCUUCUCGAAGUAAGACCCCCACCCCCAAUAUAGAGACCCUCCCGCACUUACGGUCUUUCCCCCCAAGCAGUCAGCCUCGGACGCCCUCAGACCCAAGCUGCGAUGGCAUUGCAGACCCUGGAAAUGAUACCCCUGAGAAGUGCUUCUUUGAGAGUUAUAGGCUCCAUGAUGAAAAUAACCAGCGGACAUUGACUUUGCCCUCUUGCAAAGAUGCAAAUAUCCUAUCAGAGCAAACAAGCUUCAAAGAAGCUCCAGAUAACAGCAUAAGAGAAGCAGGGCUCAGCUCCGCACUCCCAGGAAAGGAGAGUCUCUCUGUGGACGAGCCCCUGAGGAGCAAGGCCAGCCUCAUCGAGGUGGACCUCUCUGACCUGAAAGCCCCUGAUGAGGACGGAGGGCUGGACAGCCAUGAGAGCUCAGCAGAUCUCAUAAGCGAGGGCGAUCAGAAGCCUGGGGUUGGCUUCUUCUUCAAGGAUGAACAGAAAGCAGAAGAUGAGCUUGCCAAGAAGCGGGCAGCCUUCCUCCUGAAACAGCAGCGCAAGGCUGAGGAGGCUAGAAUGCGGAAGCAACAGCUAGAGGCAGAAGUUGAACUCAAGAGAGAUGAGGCCCGACGUAAAGCUGAAGAAGAUCGGAUACGGAAGGAAGAGGAGAAGGCACGCCGAGAACUCAUCAAACAGGAAUAUUUGCGCAGGAAACAACAACAGAUUUUAGAAGAACAAGGAUUGGGCAAACCUAAAUCAAAACCCAAAAAGACACGACCAAAGUCAGUUCAUCGGGAAGAGUCGUGCAGUGAUUCAGGAACCAAGUGCUCCUCAACCCCUGAUAACUUGAGCCGGGCCCAGUCAGGCUCCAGCCUGUCCUUGGCCUCCGCAGCCACAACGGAGCCCGAGAGCAUUCACUCAGGAGGCACACCUUCCCAGAGGGUGGAGUCCCUGGAAGCCCUGCCUGUGCUAAGCAGAAACCCCAGCAGGAGCACGGACAGAGACUGGGAAACAGCAUCUGCAGCAUCAUCCCUCGCCUCGGUGGCUGAGUACACAGGCCCCAAGCUCUUUAAGGAGCCAAGUAGCAAGUCAAACAAGCCCAUUAUUCAUAAUGCUAUAUCCCAUUGCUGUCUGGCUGGAAAAGUGAAUGAACCUCACAAGAACUCAAUCUUAGAGGAGCUGGAGAAAUGUGACGCCAAUCAUUACAUUAUCCUUUUCCGUGAUGCUGGCUGCCAAUUCAGGGCACUUUAUUGCUACUAUCCUGACACUGAGGAAAUCUACAAACUAACUGGCACAGGGCCCAAGAGCAUCACCAAGAAGAUGAUGGACAAACUGUAUAAAUACAGUUCAGACCGGAAACAGUUCAACCUGAUCCCAGCCAAGACCAUGUCUGUCAGUGUGGAUGCUCUCACAAUUCACAACCACUUGUGGCAACCUAAGCGGCCUGCAGUGCCAAAGAAGACCCAGACUCGUAAAUGACACCAGCCAGGCCAAUGGAUCCUUAUUUAUUAUUUUCAUCCAUUUGGGUACGAAAUGUGCAAAAUCAUGGACUUUUUCAGUGAGGCUUCUAAACUACAAAAGAAAACUCUUUCAUCACUCCCCACUCUGAAGAUGUGGGAGGAACAGGUUGGGGGGGCAGUUGCCGUGCUAUUGGGCUCAUGCUGCUGUGGUCUAUUGCUGACCUCCAAGCCUUUUGGACAAGGGACGCGCUACAGUGAGGUCUCUGGGCCGUGGAUUCCUUUUACUUGAAGUUCUCCUUCAGUAUAAAUCAAUUUACUUUGCUUUCUUGCCUCCCCUUUUGCACAUGACCCAAUGCCCCUCAUGUUGGCCACCUGUGAUCUCACAAGAUUAUAGGACUGAGACUCAGUCUUGGGUCGGGUGUUUGAAUGUUAUGAGAGCAGUUCAUGUUGGAGAAACCUUUUUUUUUUUUUUCCAUUUGAGAAAUUGUAUGAUAUUUAUUGAUGUGUCUACUGCCAACUAAGAUUUCUGAGAAAAAUUCUUGUUCCUUGCUGCUCAGAAAAAGUUUACUGAAAAUCCGAGUUCACUAAAAGCACUGAAAUCUACAAAGUCUGUCUUUUGCUAAAAUGACGUUUAUAAAUAUAUGGAGAUGAUUCUUUCUGAUCUGCAAUCAUGAGGAUGGCAAGUGGUACUAUUAACUCACAUUUGCCUGAUUAAAUAGGCAAGUUAAGCAAAUUACAGCCAUCAAGUCAUUCAGUUUUGGAUAGUACUCUAAUGAUUCAUUCACUUUAAUAAAGACAGAUUUUGGUAAAGUAGAAUAUUUCUCACUCUGAGCAUGUUUCUCUUCAAGGUGAUGCACUAAGCUGACCAUUACGUUAGUGUUUUUGUUAAUGUCAUGGCUUGUCCUGUCUCAAUUCUUGCUUCUUGAAGAGCAGCAUGGUCUAAGGAGUGUGAGAUUCUCAAGUUUAGAUGGAUGAUUUUGUUUCGUUGCUGAUUCAAAAAGAAAGUGGUCAUUUGCCGUUAUUUCAGAAUUCUUAAGUAAGUAGAAAGGCUUUGGAUUCUCUCCGUGGUCAGUCCUGAUGGCCAUCCUGGAAGGCAGGUGUGCCCCACCGUGUCCCACGGCUCGGCUCCCCUUGCACCCUGGCCAUCACACACUGAGGCAGCUCUACUGACCUCUGUGACAGACCAGUUGCUCUGAGUCUUGAUUUGACAUGACCGCUGGGAGAUUCUGGAGUCAUUUAUGUUAGUUUUGCACAUAUUUUCUUGGGAGUGUUACUUGAAUCUUUCCCAAAUUGCAGAAAAAAAUUAAAGAUCAAUAACGAGAAAAAAAUUAGACGAGUAUAAAUUGCAUAACUUUAGACAGGUAAAAAAGGUAAGUGAAUCAUGUACAUAGGAAGGAGGGACUGUGGUACUAAACACUAGGGGGGGGGCUGUAGGUCUGUGUAUUGGGGUUUUGUACAUAUUGUGGUAGCUGGCUCUGUAUGUAAAUAGUGGCAGGAGGCUGUGGAGGGCGGGGGAGCCAGCAUCCCCAAUGUCUGUUACCUUGCUUUUCACAAGUGUGCUCGGUUUCUCACUGUAUGUUUGAUAUUAUAUUAUUAUUAUUAUUAUAUUUAUUUUAAGAAAGCACUAAAAUGUAAUAAAGUAACUAAUGAAUUUGCUUUAUAUUAA